UACUGUUGAGAGUCUCCUUGCCCCGAGCAACGCGAUGGAGGUGUAUGGAUACAUCAAUGACUUGAUUUAUAUAUAUUAUUUAUAGAUUUAGAGCAAGAUAUGAGAUAAUUUUAUGUAACUUGACUAGCGAAAUCAAAUUAUAAAACCAGCAUUUUUCAAAAAUUUCCUAUUUCAUAACGACAGUUUCAAGAAAGAGUAUGAAUCCCGACUACAGUGCAACGAAUCAUGCUUUUGAUUCCGAGGAAAGCCCAGCAGCAGACACGAAUGGAAAAGUGGAUGACAUCAAUAUUCAACCCGAGGUUAUUCAAUCCAUUAACGAAAGCAAAUCAUCGCCAGAGAAGAAUGAACUGGGAUUAUUAUAUAAAUUAGAAGAUAGACCUGCUUGGCACAUAUCGGCUUUUCUAGGAAUUCAGCAUUGUUUCCUUGCAAUAGGAGGACUUAUAGGAAUGCCCCUACUUUUGGCACCGAGAAUGUGCAUGACCGAUACUGCUGUGGGAUAUCUCGGUAGAGCAAUGGUGUUGAAUAGUUUAUUCUUCAUUGCGGGAAUCUUAACCUUUCUACAAACAACAUUUGGGACAAGGUUACCGAUUCUGCAAGGUGGGUCGUUCACUUUUUUGCCGUCAACACUCGCUAUACUUGCACUUCCUCACAAUACGUGUCCUCUGGGUCCAGUAAAUCCAAAUAUAACGAAUGGAAGUUUUCUUUAUAACGAUACGGACGGUAUGUUGGUCGAUGGUACAGAGCUGUGGCAAAGGAGAAUGAGAGAGAUUCAAGGUGCAAUAGCAGUUGCGUCCGUUGUGGAGUUCGUUCUUGCAAUAACUGGAGCCAUCGGAUUUCUCAUGAGAUUCAUUGGGCCCCUCACUGUUGCACCAUCAAUCGCUCUCAUAGGUCUAUCCCUAUUUAAUGCUGCGUCAUACAACGCUUCAGGACAAUGGGGAAUUGCAGUUUUCACUAUUGUGGUUUUGAUCAUUUUCUCACAAUAUAUGCGAAAUAUUAAACUUCCUGUUCCGGUGUAUACAAGAAGUAAAGGUUGCCACGUUGUCAAAACAAACUUUUUUAAACUUUUUCCGGUGCUGAUUACAAUAGUGCUGUCAUGGCUUCUGUGUCUGAUUUUGACUGAAACUGGCGCCUUACCGGAUAAUCCCAAUGAAGUUGGAUACAGAGGAAGAACUGAUGUACGAAUCAGCGUUCUACAAAACAGUCCCUGGUUUCGAUUUCCUUAUCCUGGACAAUGGGGAUUGCCCACCGUUAGUGGUGCAGGAGUCGCGGGAAUGUUGGCCGGAGUUUUAGCGGGAAUCGUUGAAUCAAUUGGUGACUACUACGCAUGUGCAAGAAUGUCAGGAGCGCCACCCAUACCCGACCACGCAAUAAAUAGAGGCUUGGCGAUCGAAGGUUUUGGAUGCAUCCUAGCUGGUGUUAUCGGUACUGGAACUGGAUCCACUUCUUACAGUGAAAACAUCGGAGCGAUCGGUAUAUCACGCGUCGGCAGCAGAAGGGUACUGCAAGUAGCAGGAGUGAUAUUUUUCAUCGUUGGAAUGUUUGGUAAAUUCGGAGCUGUUCUUGUUCUCAUACCGGAUCCGGUGAUAGGUGGAUUGUUCUGCGUAAUGUUUGGUAUGAUUGCUGCCGUUGGAUUGUCAAACUUACAGCACGUUGACUUAAAUUCAGCCAGGAAUUUAUUCAUCAUCGGAUUUUCCAUUUUCAUGGGAUUGAUGGUGCCGAUUUGGGUGACAGCAAAUUCAAAAGCCAUUGAUACUGGAAACAAGCAAGUGGAUCAAAUUUUUCUUGUGUUGUUGGAGACAUCUAUAUUUGUAGGCGGUGCGCUCGGAGCAAUAUUGGACAACACAAUUCCAGGUACUCCUGAGGAACGUGGACUAACGUCGUGGAACAAAGCAUCGUUGGAGUUUGAAAGUGAGAAUAUGCCAGCGGCUGAAUACAAGAAAUAUAAAAAAAGAAUGGAAAAUUGUUACAACUUGCCAUUUUCUACAAAAUGGAGGUUUUCAAAAUAUAUUCCUAUUUUACCGGAAUUCCGCAAGAAACAACAUGAUGAAGACGAAAACACUCAACUGUAGAAUGCGGGUCUAUAUUUAGAAAAAAAAGAUAUAUCUGUGUCUGUAGAAAUAAAUUAUGUACCAAUCUUUUAUGCAUGCUACUAACAUUCAGUGUUUUAAAAAUUUUUCAACAAAUAUUGUAUAUACAUUAU